AUGGAUUCGAGUUCAACACCGACACCAGCCUCAGAUGGCCCAUCCGAGCAACCCGUCGUGGUCGUCUGCGUCGGGAUGGCAGGAGCAGGGAAGACAACCUUCAUGCAGCGCAUCAACGCCCAUCUCCACGCCAAGAAAGAGCCUCCUUACGUCGUGAACCUUGACCCUGCCGUCACCUACUCGCCGUAUCAGAGUAACAUUGACAUCCGGGAUUCCGUCAACUACAAGAAGGUCAUGGAAGAGUACAACUUAGGUCCUAAUGGAGGUAUCAUGACGGCCCUGAAUCUCUUCACCACCAAGGUGGAUCAAGUUCUUGGCCUUCUCGAGAAGAGGGCAGCACCCGAUCCGGAGAACCCGAGCCGAAAACCCAUCAAACACAUCCUCGUCGACACGCCAGGCCAAAUAGAAGCCUUCGUGUGGUCGGCAUCAGGAAGCAUUCUCUUGGACUCCCUCGCGUCAUCGUUCCCUACCGUCAUCGCAUACAUCGUCGAUACCCCGCGCACGAGCUCCACCUCGACCUUUAUGAGCAACAUGCUCUACGCUUGCAGUAUCUUGUACAAAACCAAGCUGCCGAUGAUCAUCGUCUUCAACAAGACCGACGUGAAGGACGCAUCGUUUGCGAAGGAGUGGAUGACCGACUAUGAAGCAUUCCAGGAGGCGUUGGACAACGACCAAAACAGCAAUGCCUUUGGAGGGCAAGAAGGCGAGGGUGCGGGGAGCGGAUACAUGGGCAGCCUUCUGAACAGCAUGAGCCUUAUGCUGGAGGAAUUCUACAGCCACCUCAGCGUAGUAGGCGUCAGCUCCGUCCAAGGUACGGGGAUCGAUGAAUUCUUCGAGGCUGUGAAAGAGAAGGCGGACGAGUUCAGAAGGGAUUAUCAGCCGGAGUUGGAUCGCAAACGAGCAGAAAGGGAAGAGGUUAAGAAGAAGCAAAGGGAGAAAGAGUUGGAUAAGAUGAUGAAGGGUAUGUCGAUGGGCAAUGUGGCAUCUACCAGCGCUCCAGGCGACAUUAAGUUGGAGGAUGACGAUAUGGAACCACUGAGCCCGGAUGAAGCCAGUGAAGAUGAGCUUGAUGAUGAGCAAGACCGGGAGGGAUUGCAGGCGAGGUACGAGGCAUCCAUGUUGCACCAAGAGGAUUCCACGGCGGCAGACGCGAGCUUUGCCAAAUAUCUACACUCCCAGCGAUAG